UUGAGACGGAGUUGUAGACCUACAACUAUCUACGUGUGUCUUCUAACGGAAUAAUGAUCGUUAUCGUAUUCACAGUCCUCAUGAUGUCUGCCAUCAACGGUCUUGAUGCAGCUCCUCCAGAACCAUCCCUCUGUAAGGCAGAAAUGCAACACGAUGGCUCCUAUGUCUUUCCGUUGUCGCCAGAUGACUCAACUAAUCUUAUCUCUGACUGUGAGCCUCAAAUCAUAAUAAACGGAGCAGUUUCUGCUGAGUACAUUAACGGGGAAUUGCCAGCUUCUUUGCUGCCACCAGUCCUUCGGGCCACAAUGUUCAACUUCACUUUGAGCAACUGCUCCAAGUCUGUGAAGAUCGGCUUGGACUGUCCACACUUAUGGCCUUUCAAAGACCUGCAGUGCUCCUGUGACUCCUCCACUAGCACAGCCCAGGCAUCAAGCUCCACAGCCAAGCCACCUCCCUCUACGUCAAACUCGGCCAGGAGCCUCCAUGACAUGUCCCGUUUUCCAGUGGGUGCUGUAGUCGGUUGCGGUGUUUUUGUGAUCAGCAUCUUUGCCUUCAGUGUCUUCAUAUGGAGUAGGAAGAGGACUAAAGGUCGCCUUAUGAAGCCCAGAAUAGCCAGCACAUCUGCAUCAGGCUCCGAUGAGGACCUUGUUGAUUCCUUGACUGACAUCCCUUGAAACAAGCAUUCACUUCACUGCCUGCUUUUCUAUCUAUUUCAAAGGGUACAACCCUAUAUUGACUUGAGAAUAUGUAGUUUGCAUUCCAGUUUGGGAUAACUCGGUGAAAAAAACAAACGCAUGGACAACUGAAGCUAAUUUUUUAAAAUAAAUACACAAUGUGUGUUUUGUCCAUUUGGUCAGGCCAUGAGCCAGCUGGUAGUUUGUAGGGCCACUCAGUCAAUCUAGCUGUUGUCAAAUUCAGACGCUUUUGCUGUUCUGUCUAGCUAGUAUUUGUUGAUAGAGGAGCCAUCAUGCGUGUGUAGGGGCGGGGAGGGAUACCAGACACCACUGUUGACUCUUUCUGGAGGGGUCAUGGGCCUAAAUCAAUGAAAUGUCCAUAAGGAAGGUGCCUGCUUGAUAACCCCAGUGAAUGCUCUGGAACGGCUGUGAUUUUGUCAGUGACUUUGGUUUUGACAAUAUGGCUAUAUUAGCCUAUCUCACGCAAAAAUGGCGUCUUUCAACUUUCCUUUCCGGUCGCUGGAGCUAAACUUCCGGUCAGGGUAAUAGCCGUUCAUAGUGAAUGACCACGGGGGAGCAGAGAAGCUAGAGGUGGUGUAAUAAAACUCUGUGAACCGGUAUCAAAUAAAAAUGUCCCGCUUUUAGCUUUCGUACAUUUCUCCUUGAUGUGGACCGUCGAAGAAAAUGGAUUCAAGCCACGAAGAGAGAGGAGGGAACACUAUUUAACGUCUAUAAUGUCACAGUUGUUUGUAGCAUAGCAUUUUCGUAUUAGCGACCUGUUCGGAAUAGCUAGCUUCUAACGUUAGCGCUUUAAGUAAAGCCAGGUAGAGUUAAAUAAGACAGUGCCUUGUGUUUGUUCAACGGUCUCUGACACAACCCAAGCCAGGACGUCUGUUUUCACGACGACAACGAGGGACUGGGGUUGUUUGAGAAGUCCAACCGUGUGGAAAGGAAGAUGUUGCUGUUGCUAGCUUAGCUAGCUUUGCUUCGGACAACGAACAACGAACGACCGUCACGGUAAGUUUUGAUCAACAUUGAGUAGCGUUAAAUGAAUUGGCAAGGAGAUAAAUAGCCAGAUGUACAUUUGCAAAUAUCAUGUUUGUUUGGAGGUUUUUAUUGGCUCUGUGCACUAGAUAUAGACGAACUUCCGUGUUUGUCUUAUGGUUGGCGAACGUGAUUCUUGCCGUCUCUUCGUUGUCAUAGCUGUCAGAAAAGCACUGACUAAUGAGCACUUCAAUCAUACCAAAACGUAAGAAAUACAAUGCAUGCAACUGUGUUUUGAGCUCCUUAAAACCGUGGGCGACAGCUGUGUGCCAGUUUGCUCGGUUUCAGGUCGAUUUUAGCUUCCAGCUUUUUUCUGAAAACACCACCCUGUGUGUGCACGGAGGAGGGCAGGAUUUCGGUGCCUGCUAACGUUACACGUUCAUGGAACGAUUUAUAUCCACAAUCCAAUAUUGAACGUGUAGUAGACGUACAUGAUACUUGUUUCGUUACGCUGCUUUAUUGAAGUGCAUUUACAAGCUGUUGUGUCUUAUAUUAUAUCUAGCCUAUCUGGCUAUCUGGUAUUAGCCGUCUAGCUAGCCGACUGACCUUUGCCUUCAUAAUUAUAUAUAAAUUGUACAUGGGACAAUUUAUAUCCCCGGUCCAGUCUGGAUCGCUUAGUUUUCGUGUGGAGUUCCACAAUUUCCUCCACCUGUGAUAGACUUAUCUUUUGAAAAUGCCGCAAAUUCCUUGUAAACUUGUACAUCGCUCCGAUUACAUUGGACUCUCCAUAAGACAGUGUUGACCGGAAGUAGCACGACACCUAGCGAAUAUUCAAAAUGGCGGCGUGAUAUAGGCUAAUUGGAGGAUUUUUUUUUUUUUUAAAUUUACCAUCUCUCCUCUUUUCUGAAGUCUCUGGCACUCCUAAUUUCUUAGGUGGGCUGAAACGGUGAAGGCUUCUCUCAUUCAUAUCCAUUUUAUUAUUAUUAUUAAUGUUUAUUUGGUAUGGACAUAUAGUUACAUUGGACACACAAUGAUGCAUUGUUUGAGUGUUUAUAGCACAGGUGCUAAUUCACAACAUGUGUCCAUUUGUUGUUAUUUACUGUAUUUAUAUUUAAUAAAUUAUCAUUUAUUAAUUUAAUAAUGAAUACAUAUUCGUAUUGUUUGCUAUUGUUGUAUAUUGGUAGCCCGGUUGUAAACCAGACCCUGGACGCACUGGACGCACUGCACGCAAUUGGAUGUAGGAUGUUUACUCUGACUGAUUCCAGACCUCGACGCAAUGUGUACUGAGUUUGAAUGAUGCAGCGUUGUCGUCAUCAGUUUAGCUCGCCUUUGGCCUGCCAAUAUCAGAUAGCCUACACCGAUUUGAUAGUUACCUGACAAAGAAAUGUAUAUAUUUAUCAUUAUGAACUUCAUUUGUGUGCGUCAAAGUUAUAAUCCACACUUUCAUAUGUGUGUUCAAAGUUGCUAUUCACAGUUUCACAUGGGAACCUCACAGGAACGCUAUGCACCUGCAGAUAAGAAACUGGACAUGAGCGAGAGGAGGAUUUUAGGGAGGUUUCGACCAAGGUCAUGCUGACUUGUUUUGCUCUCUGCUUUUCUUUAAUAAAAGAGCCUCUUUGCGUCCAAGAGCUCAGAGACUGUUUCGGAGAGGUAAAGCAAGUCCUCUCUAUGUCUCUCCUCUUGGCGCCAGAGUAUACUGAAAAUUA